CUCGGUCCACCUGCAGCAGGCAGUCCCUCCGGCUGUCCUACCCAGAGCCGCCGGCCGAGCCCGAGGCCUGAGCUCUUGCUCCCCGGCGGAGGGAUCCGCGGCGGCUGAGGAGGCGGCGCUGAGCCUAGAAGGAAGAGGCAGCUACCGCGGUGGCGGCGGCGGCGGCGGCGGCGGCGGCUCGGGCGGCAGCGCAUAAAGGGGCCGCCGCCGGGUGAUGCGGUGACCGCUGCGGCAGGCUCAGGAGCCGAGUUGGCCCCGGCCUUAAGUCCGUCCCGCCGGACCCGCGCUCCGGAACUCCCCAUCUCCGGCCGAUCCGCAAUCACCGAGGAGGCCUCGCGCCCCCUCGCCCCUUCCCCGUCCCUCCCCUGCCCCCGUCCCCGCCCCGGGGCCGCCGCCACCCACCUCCCACGAUGGCUCUGAAGAGAAUCCACAAGGAAUUGAAUGACCUGGCACGGGACCCCCCAGCACAGUGUUCAGCAGGUCCCGUUGGAGAUGAUAUGUUCCAUUGGCAAGCUACAAUAAUGGGGCCAAAUGACAGUCCCUAUCAGGGUGGAGUAUUUUUCUUGACAAUUCAUUUCCCAACAGAUUACCCCUUCAAACCACCUAAGGUUGCAUUUACAACAAGAAUUUAUCAUCCAAAUAUUAACAGUAAUGGCAGCAUUUGUCUUGAUAUUCUACGGUCACAGUGGUCUCCAGCACUAACUAUUUCAAAAGUACUUUUGUCCAUCUGUUCUCUGUUGUGUGAUCCCAAUCCAGAUGAUCCUUUAGUGCCUGAGAUUGCUCGGAUCUACAAAACAGAUAGAGAAAACUUUAUGUCUUCUUCUUGGUUUUUGACAUGCAAAGAUUUUGCAUCAAGAGCCCAGUUGUCUUAGGUACAACAGAAUAGCUCGGGAAUGGACUCAGAAGUAUGCGAUGUAAUUAAAGAAAUUAUUGGAUAACCUCUACAAAUAAAGAUAGGGGAACUCUGAAAGAGAAAGUCCUUUUGAUUUCCAUUUGACUGCUUUCUAUGAGCCCACGCCUCAUCUUCCCCUGUGCACAUGUUUACCUGAUACAGCAGUGCUGCGUGUUGUACAUACUUGGAACAACAAACUAGAAAUACUGUACUUCUGUACCAACAUUGCCUCCUAGCAGAGAAGUGUGUGUGUGACAAGCCAGUUCUCCAGGCAUAACCUAGGUGUGAGACUAAAAGCUUUCCUUAUUGACUUAAAUUUGGAUAACGGCAAGAUGAGGGGUGGUGGGUAUGGUGUGUUCUUGGAUGGGGAAGAAAAGCUCCACUGACCUGUAGGAGAUUGUUUUUUAAGUGAAAUACUAUUAAACUCAAAACAGUUAUGAAAAGCAAGGUGAAAAACAUGAAGCUGUUUCUGUAUUCCUUUUAUUCCGAAGGACUUACGUCUUAGGUGAAAGUUAUGACCAACCAGAUUAAACUCUACCCACAUCCUGUAUUUUAAGGUCUAAGUUUAACUGGUCAACAUUUAAAAGGAUUGGAGCUAUUAGUAAGUAACGUGUGAUGGGCUUUGCUCCCAACUCUUUUACAUCUCCCCACCCUUCAACCUUCAUCUUUCAGCCCCUCUUUCUCUCUUCCAUAUUCUUUGGUUUGUAUGUGGUUUCUCAGUUAAUACAUAGCUAAUAGCUCUUAUUUUUCUUAUGUUUUUAACUGCUUAGGUCUAUCUGGAUGUAAGGGUGAAAAUUCAUUUGAUGGAAAUACUUGUGUAUAUUUAAAGACCCAGUUGCUCCUCUGGAGCUUGUACGUUCAAGAAUGAUUAAUCUGUGUAAUAAACUGAUUACUACAGUCAUUACAUAUAA